GCAUGUUUAUAUGACUUAGAAUCAGUAAUUUAAAAAAGAAAUUAGAUUAUAAAUCUAUCAAAUAUACAUUUAAAUUAAUUAAAACAAUAUUUUUUUGGUAAUAAAUUGAGUUGGCUCGAAGUUAUUUUGUUUUAAAAAAUCAUUAAAACAGUGUUUAAAUGCCGCAAGUCGCAGCUCGAAGUAUCACUAGGAGAGAGGAGGAAAAACAGAUGUGACGCAUUAUCACGUGAACAAUAUCGAUUCAUGUCUCCAGUAAUGUCCGACUGGUCUCGUCCAAAACAAAUUUUCCAGCUAAAAACCGAUAUUUAUCCAGUUCCUAAACGUUUCUUCGACUGGUUAACAUGUCCAAGAAUCUAUUGCCAGGUAUUUAUUAACAAUAGAAUCGAAACUGUUAUGUCAAAUAUCACAUUAUCCGAGAUAAUUAGAUAAUUAAUCCCCUCCAUCUCCGUACGCCGAAAGGAGUAAAAAGAAAAAGAAAAAAAAUGGAUGAAAAUUUAAGCAGGGGUUAUAUACAACUCGGACAGGGUUCAAGAGCCGAUAGAAUUACAAGAGGUCUAUCUUACGAACAUUCGCAUCCACCCGAAGACAGGUGUCAUUGCAUAUAUUUUGCAUUGCUUCUUGCAGGUGUUGGAUUCCUCUUACCCUAUAACAGUUUUAUAAUUGCUGUGGAUUAUUUUCAAGCCAGAUACCCUGGCACCACCAUUGUUUUUGAUAUGAGUCUCAUAUAUAUCCUGGUAGCUUUUGCUGCUGUGAUUAUUAACAAUUUGUUUGUGGAGACUUUGACUUUGCAGGUCAGAAUUACUUUUGGAUACAUUCUCUCUUUUGUAACUCUACUAUUCAUAGCUGUAUUCGAAAUCUGGUUUGAAAUAUUUACUUUGGAUACUGGAUAUUAUAUUAAUUUACUCGGUGUUGCUGUAGUUGCUUUUGGUUGUACAGUACAGCAAUCGAGUUUUUAUGGCUACACCAGCAUGCUGCCAUCACGUUAUACGCAAUCUGUAAUGACAGGAGAAAGUGCCGCGGGUUUAUUGAUAUCAACCAAUAGAAUAUUAACCAAAGCGCUUCUUGACGAUGAGAAGGUCAACACAGUUUUGUUCUUCUGCAUAUCUAUAGGGAUUGUUAUAUUGUGUUUUAUUAUCCAUUUUGUCCUCCAGAAAACAAAAUUUGUAAGGUUUUAUAUAAGUUUAUGUUCGAAUGCCAGCUUAUCCGACGAUCUCAGCAAGCGUAUAUCACUAGAACCAACUGAAGAUGUCGGACUCGUUGAUAUGCUAGAUCCAGUAGAAUCAAAAAGCGGUAAAUACGGGGUUCUGUCACUGAGAACCCCGCCAUCUUCUCCUCCAGCUGAUUCUGCAUUUGAAUCGACAGAAAAACUCGAUCAAGAUGUAAAUGAAGAAGCAGAUUUGUGGAGAAUGUCUACAGAAUCCGUUUUCAAUUCGUUCGCAGCGAACAGUAAAACUUAUCGAGUGCAAGACGUAGUCGUUAGAAUGAGAGGAAUUAAUUAUACAAAAAAUAUACAGAUGUGGAGCGGAAUUAAGAGAGGAGUAAUUGUACGAUGGCAAGUUGCCAAAUGUGUCUGGCCUUAUAUGCUCUGUAUUGCAUUAGCAUACUUUGUCACCUUAUGUUUAUUUCCCGGUAUCGAAAGCGAAAUUGUCAGUUGCCGCCUUCGAUCGUGGAUGCCUGUCAUACUAAUGGCUAUAUUUAAUUUUUUCGACUUUAUAGGAAAGAUUUUAGCUUCCAUACCAUACGAUUGGACAAAAGCCAAAUUGGUAUUAUUUUCAUCCGUCAGAAUUGUGCUUGUUCCGCUUUUAGCCAUGUGUGCGGCUCCGAGAGGUGAUCCUUUAUUGAAAAACGAAGAAUGGGCCAUGGUUCUGUCACUCUUUUUAGGUCUUUCUAAUGGAGUUUUCGGUUCUGUACCCAUGAUUGUCGCACCUUCGAUGGUGCCUGACGAACAAAAAGAAUUAACAGGAAACAUAAUGACACUGUCUUACACAUUAGGACUUACAACAGGUUCUGGCGUUGCCUAUUUAAUCGAUUAUAUUCUGGGGCCUCCACUGAAGAAUCCAUGCUCCUCGACAACGCCGUCCAUAACGCAGUUGACUUCAACUUUAGCUUCUCUGAACGUCACAGAUUUUGCUCACGUGUCCACAACAUGGCCAUGGAACGUUAGUGGAAUCAUUGAACUGGGAUCACAGAACUCCACUUUAUUUUAAUAAAAUUGAUUUAAAUCGUUACGUAUUUAUUCUUUAGAUGGGAAAAACUAUGUUUAAAUUAUCAUUUGUAUAUUAAAAAAAACAAGCUGUGACGUCUUUUAUGAUAUCUAAUCUGUCCAAUGAAACAUACAAGAGCACCCAUCAUCGAGUAAAGUUUGAUGGAUUGUGAAUAUGCAAAAAAGAAAAAAUAAUUAAAAGAGAAGGAGGAGAAAAUAUAUUAUUUUUUAAUAAUAAAAAUAAGAAUUAAAUUAUAUUAUUGCCAAAUUAAAUUUUUUAAAAUAAU